AUGGAUAACAAUAAUCAGGCCUCCACCAACUACCGCGAAGCUUUCCAGCUCUUUGACAAGCGCGGCAACGGCCGUGUCGACCGCGGCGCACUGGGCGACCUUCUCCGCGCAUGUGGACAGAACCCUACACUGGCUGAGAUUGCCGAUCUGGAGCGUGGUGUUGGCGCAGACUUCGACUUCGACACCUUCUCCAAGAUUCUCAACCGCCCCGGCGGCUUCCGCGAACCCUUUGAUAUCGAGGAAUACAUCCGCGGCUUCCAAGUCUUCGACAAGGACCGGAGCGGCUUUGUCGGCAAGGGCCAGAUCAAGUACAUUCUGACCAACUUGGGCGAGAAGAUGAGCGAGGAGGAGGUGGAUGAGCUGUUCAAGAGCACCAUCGAUGCGAGCAAUAACGAGGUGGACUACAGGGAGUUCGUCAAGACGAUUGCGGAGAACUAA